AUACUUCAGGAAUGCAUGUUCAGUGCGCAUGCGAUGUGGUUCCAAAAAAAGAAAAUGGCGGAAGACGUAAAGAUUUUAGAAGAGGUCCCAUCAAAACGCCAAAGGAUCGAACCAGACAGCACUUCUGGCGACUGUGACAUUUCCUGUACGUUUAAUAUUGAUUCAACAGAAAUAAGAAAUGGGCCGGGAUCUCAUACGAAAGCUAACAACUUUAAUUCUUCUGACAUAGUGAAUGGUAAUUAUGAUGCGACAAGACAGGACAAUUUCUCUGGGGAAACAACAGAUCAAGAGCAUCCAGUACAGAAUAAUAUUGAUCAAGAUAAUGAAGUUAUAGCAGAUGAUUCGGACAACCUUAGUGAUGUCAGUGAUAUGUCUGGACUGAGUGAGGAUGCCUGGCAGGCUACACCAGGUUCCAUGAUGUGGGUUCAAGAUCAGAUGAUGACAGGAAUAAACCCUCGUGUCAUUCUCAAUGACCUCAUAAUGUCAGACGUCCUAAUUCCAGAAGAUAUGGAUGAUUUUACUCUGUGGAAAAUAAUUGUCAAUAUCAUGUCGGAACCACCACGGAGGAAGAAACUGCCUCAUGUUAAUACCUUGGAAGAUGUUCUACAUCUUCUGAAAACUUGCAGCAAAAUCAUGGUGUUGACAGGAGCAGGGGUAUCGGUGUCCUGUGGCAUCCCUGACUUCCGGUCCAGGAAUGGUAUUUAUGCCCGACUAGCCGUCGACUUUCCAGAUCUUCCUGAUCCCCAGGCAAUGUUUGAUAUCAAAUACUUCAGGGAUGACCCAAGACCUUUUUUCAAAUUUGCCAAGGAAAUCUACCCAGGCCAGUUUGAACCGUCCAAAUCUCACAAAUUCAUCAAAAUGUUGGAAAGUCAGGGAAAGCUUCUACGUAAUUAUACCCAGAAUAUAGAUACCCUGGAGCAAGUGGCCGGGAUAACCAGUGUCAUUCAGUGCCAUGGAUCAUUUGCCAAUGCUACCUGUAUGGUUUGCAAGCACAAGAUGAAGGCAGAUGAUAUUAAGGCAGAUAUUUUCAAACAGGUGAUUCCCCACUGUCCUAAGUGCCCCCCCGAGGACAUCACUGCAGUGAUGAAGCCAGAUAUUGUAUUCUUUGGAGAAAGUCUCCCUGAGGAAUUCCAUCAACAGAUGGCUGCUGAUAAAGACAAGUGUGAUCUACUCAUCGUCAUUGGGUCAUCACUGAAAGUGCGACCAGUUGCUCUGAUUCCAAAUUCUUUACCUCCUGAUGUUCCACAAAUCCUGAUUAACCUUGAACCUCUCAAAAACAUGAACUUUGAUGUUGAACUGCUUGGCAACUGUGACACCAUAAUGGGUGAGUUGUGUAAGAGACUGCAGUGGGACGGCAUUUCUAGUUUAUCUGAACCGACCAUGGAAGAAGUGACCAAAGGCCAACUCAGGACCCCUCCUCCUUAUCCUGUAAAAGACCAUGUGUUUUUCUCAGAGAUCAGUACUGAUAAAGAUGUGAUAAAUGUGGAUAAUCUGGAUAAAAAACUGAAUGAUAUAGAUGAAUCAGUGACGGCGUGUGAUUCCAGUCAAGUGGUGGCUAACGCACCACAGGACUCUGUUGUAGCUCAGAGUUUGGUGUGUGAUACAAAUCAGGUAGCACUUGACCCACCACAGGACAGUGAUGUAGGUCAGAGUUCAGAUCUCAAUAACAUCACUUCUCCGUCAGAGGAUCAGUGUAGCUCUCAAAGUCAGCGUGUACAAUUUUUGCAGGAAAAUGUGUGUAGUUCUGCAUCUGUCGUGGAACAAAACAGUGUGGAGUCUGCAAACGCUCUUAAACAUCCUCAGCAGAAGGUGACAGAAAAUGAUGUGGAACCGGACACAUCUGACCCACAGCAGGAAAGUGAAGUUUCUGCUCCAAACCCUGAGUCAACAGAAAAGAGUGUAGCAAACACAGUGAGGCCCGGUGAAGGUGAUGCUACGGCACCUCUCUGCAAAAACACAGUGAGGCCUGGUGAAGGUGAUGCUACGGCACCUCUCUGCAAAAACACAGUGAGGCCUGGUGAAGGUGCUGCUAUGGCACCUCUCUGCAAAAACACAGUGAGGCCUGGUGAAGGUGAUGCUACGGCACCUCUCUGCAAAAACACAGUGAGGCCCGGUGAAGGUGAUGCUACGGCACCUCUCUGCAAAAACACAGAAGUUGUGACCUGCAGUACAGAAGGAGACCUGAAAUCUGACAUGGAGAUUAGCAGGGCUUUUCAACAGGGACCAAGCUGCUCCAAUGAGAAUUCAGAACUAGAAAUGAUGAGGAGCAUGUGGCAGCCAAAGCGCCAUGACAGCCUCUCCAAACUGUUAGAUGAAAACCAGUUCUUGUAUCUUGCACCUUGUCGGUAUGUGUUUCCGGGAGCAGAGGUUUACGAUAGCAGCGAUGAUGAAGCAGAUGAGGUGCAGUCUUCAACGUCUUCAAGUUGCUGUUCCAUUGACUCUAGGUUGGGAGAUCUAGAUAGGGUAGAGAAAAAUGACUGUGGUGACAUUGGAAUGUCAACAUGUGACCAACCAUUGGAAUGUCCACAGUCAACAGAUAGUCAGGUCUCAACUACUCAAGCUAUCAGUAAAGAAAGCAAACCUGUUGUGUCUACUGAAGCCAUCAACUGUUCAGUCCAGAAAUAGGGAAAGCAAACCUGUUGUGUCUACUGAAGCCAUCAGCUGCUCAAUCCAGAUAUAGGGAAAGCAAACCUUAUGUGUUAAAAAUAGAAGAAAACACAACUUGAUCGUCCUCUGCAGCUACAAUGUAUUUCCCAAUACAACUAGAUUUACAUGUUUGUAUGUCAGUAUAUAUAUAUUUAUGUUCAAAGCAAUCUGUGCCAUCAAAAUAGUCCAAGCACAUUCCUUUUAUUAAUCAAAACUUUAAUAUGAAAAUGAGAUGUCAUACAAAGCUUUGGUGUACAAAUUCUGUUUGUCAUUUCCAUUUCAUAGAUCAAAUACUGGUUUAGAUAAAUUGCAUAUAAAUGGCUUAUGUGAACAAUUUGAUUUUAAACCUUCAAAAAUUUGGCAACUGGAAAAACGAAAUUCAUUGUUGAAUUAUAAACAUUUCCUGAUGAUGAUGCUUUUGCAAAAAAAAUAUGCUGAAACAUCCUGUCUUGCAUGAUGAGAAACCCAAACAUUUGCUUAAAAUCUUGCCUGUUCCAGCUGGAUUAAUUGAGGGGAUAUUUCUGCAACAGAACAAUCUGAGAGUAUAAGGUUCACAGACUAUUUACAUUAAGAUGAUAUAUCCUGACAAAGUGUGCUGAGUGUGUUAGAUGUGCCUGGUAUAUAUAGACUUUGUGUUUACUACAAUGUAAGAGGUGUACAGCUAGUCGCAGAUCGACUGUACUAUACAAUAAUGUAGCAGGAGGCGUAUCGGCUAACUUAUUAUUUAAUACUAAUUAUUAGGAGCCUAAUUGGCUCUUGUUGUAGUGUUUGUAUCUGGAUCUGAAUUGGUCUCUGGUUUCGUUGGAUGUAUUUGACCUCAGGUCUCGGUUGAUUAAUGCCUUUCACACCUGAGAUCCAUUGUUUGGCGCUUGUAGACCAGCUUGCUCCCUUCCUUGUUCUGUCUGACUUGCUAAAGAAAAUUUUCACUCCCCAGAAACGAUCUUUAAUGCUUUUAGUUUUGUUCCUAUUUUCUAAAAAAGAAUAAUAGAAUUUGAUAAUUAUCAUUAAUGUUACAAAUUUACUUUGUUGAAGUUUCCAGACCAUUGUCCGGAAUAAAGCGUACAUAUACUAAUGUUUUACAGUGAAUGAAUUAAAGUUACUGCAAGUACACCUACUGGAUAUUUUCUUACCAAGUCUUUUUUUAAUUCAUUGUUUAAAGUUGUAUUUCACUUUUUGUGCACAACAACAUUAUUAGGAUGAGGCCAAAUUUACCUUGUUAGUGUAUCACUGAGCAAAAUAUUGUUACAAUUGACUAACUUUACCUUGAUGAUGCAUUACACAAAUAUUAUAAGGAUUAUUAUAUAGGAUUAGACUAAUUUCUACUUGUUAGUGAGUUAUUGAGUCCAAUACCUUAAAAUAAUCAGGAUUAUACCAAAUUUACACUGUCAGAGUAUUUUUGGGUUUCAUUCACCAAUGUGGUUGUGAUUAUGCCACAUUUACAUUGUCAGAAAAUUGUUCAGCCUGAUGUUAAAACAGUAGUAUUUAAUUAGGACGAGGCUAAAUUUAAAACCAUUUUCUGUCUCCCUACCAACCCUAAACUAUUGUGCCUAACCAGAAACACUCACCGGACUUAGAAAAUAUCUGGGUUAACUUUGUGUUCUAUCAUCAAAGAUUACUGGUAUGUAAAAUAGGCUAGAGAAUAAAAUGUUUGACCUACUUAAAUGUAUGGAUAUGUUUUCAAGGUUUUGUAAACCAGUGUGUAUGAUACCAAAUGUAUGUAGAAGUUUGUAAAUAUUCUAUGUGUAUAUAAAACCUUUACUGUAUAUGUGCACUAUAUAUCAUCUGUUGUCUUGUUACAUAUGGACUUAUGUAUAUAUACAUGUAUGUAGCUCUUUUAGUUAUGAAAAUUCAAAUUAUUUACUUUGGAAUGUAAUUGAGUUAUGUUUUAUCUUAAAACUUUAUCCUCUAGUGUAAAUGAACUGUUUCCUUUAAGAACAGCAUUUCAGGCUAUCAAAAUUGUUGAGUACACGAAGAAUCUCUGCACAAUAAUUCUACAGCAUCAAGUUUUACAAACUUACAUAUGAUUGUAUUUGGAAACAGAUUUCUCAACUAACAGAUUUAAUUAUAUGAGGAACGGUUUAACUCAUUCACCCCUGAAGACACAUUUGAACUCUUCCAAUAUAAAGGUUGGAAUAGGUCAUUAUGAAAUUUCAGGGGUGAAUUAGUUAAACAAAUUUCUUGUGAUAAAAAUAUUGCAAAAGCAUUCCUUUUUUUAACUAAAUCAGGAAACAGAAGGAGCUGAAGGUCAGAGAGAUGUAUCAUUGAUCAUCUUUAGCUACAUUUUUCAUGCAAAUAUGGUGUCUCAUUUGGUGUGUACGUAUUAUAUUUGUUGUUUUGUUCGAUUUAUUUAUUGUAUAAAUGUAUAAUUUUGUAAGAAUGAACUAUAUGUCUAUAUAUAUUUCUUACAAAAGUCAAAAUCAGAAGGUGCCGAAAAUUCACUGUGAAUAUCCCAUCAGAAGUCAGUAUGACGUAUAGCUUUUGUAUGAAUCAUCAGAAACCUGGUAUGUGUAUGUAUAUAUCACUGUAGUCAAUUUGUAGGUAUAGAUUAUUAUAUAUUAUUAUCUAUUAAACUGUAAACAGCCUUAUAUUUUAUGGUGAAUUAUUUUGUAGAUAUUUAGAAAUUUAGAAAGUCAUCUUAAGGUGUAGGAGUUAGUUAUAUACUUAGAAGUAGAUGUAUAUAGUAGGAAAUCCUGUCAGACACAGAACAUUCAGUAGCAGGUAGUCAAAUAAAAAACAGUCACAUGAACAAA